AUGGCGAAGAGGGCAAAGAACACUGAUUUGCGCAAUCAGAUCGAGAAGAUUGUCAGAGGGUACAAGCCGCAAACACCCGCAGAACUAGCUUUGGAGGCGGCGAAACGAAUUUGCAAGUCGCCAUUCACGGAAGACAUCCUGAAAGCCAAGAAGCCAGUUAAGUUCACCCAACCUAAGUUUAAGCUGUUCGAGGGAUCGGCCCUGAUCUGGUUUAGACAGCUGAAACCAAGGUCUAUUGGCGGUUUCACCCAACUAUGUGAAAUGUUCAUAUCUCAGUACAUUUGCAAUCAAAAGAGGAGAAAAGAUGUCAUGAUCCUAUUUAGUACAAAGCAAAGUACUGGAGAAAGCCUUAAAGACUACUUGAGGUGUUUUACGGAGGAAAUGUCUACUCUUGAGGAGUGCGAUUCUCAUACUGCUUCAUUGGCAUUUCGCGAGGGGGUCAUACCUGGAACAAAGAUGCACAGGUCUCUAGUGAAGACCCCACCGGUGGAUAUGAGGGAAGUAAUGGCCCGAGCGGAUGGAAUCAUCAGACUAGAAGAAGAAGAGCUCACCCAGUCAAAACGAGCCAUUUCCACCAUUGUGAUCCCAAAGCCUCCAUCGAAGAAAAAGGUGGAGAUGAAGCGAUAUUCCUUGAGACAAGAGCCUAGUAACGGACCUAGGCAAAGCCGACCCUUCACCAGGCUCACGGUGAGUUUAGCCAAACUUUUUCACGAGAACAAGGGCAAAGAUAUAUUUCGAACGCCGUCUGCGAUCCGCGAAUCCCCAGAAAAGCGAGACAGGAACAAGAUGUGCGCCCAUCAUAACGACUUUGGACAUACUACUGAUGAGUGUCGAAGUCUCAGGUACCAGGUAGAGGCAAUGUUGAGAAAAGGAAUGUUAUCCCAGUACCGCACUGAACCUGAGAAUAGGGCAAAUGAAUAG